GUGAUCCGGUCACAGGUUGUUGUAAUUGUAAGCUGCAGUGACACAGUCCCAGCUCCCGAGUAACCCAACACUGUAGCGGAUGGUUAGAGCAGCAGCGCUUCGAUUAAGCGCCAUGGUAUCUUCAACCUCUCUCCCAAACCCUAACUUUCUCUUCGCUCCAACCCCAACCCUCUUCGACGCUCGCCUUCUUCGCUCCCACACGCUUUCCUUCUCCCAUCGCCUCUCGCUUCGAUGCUACGCUGCUCGCGCCGCCUUCCACCGAGUUCCCGUUCUCAAUCCCAUCGUCGAAAUGGACGGUGAUGAAAUGACGAGGAUUAUAUGGACGAUGAUCAAGGAUAAACUUAUAUUUCCUUACCUGGAUUUGGACAUAAAGUAUUUUGAUUUGGGGCUUCAAAAUCGUGAUGCUACUGAUGACAGAGUUACUGUGGAAAGUGCUGAAGCCACUCUCAAGUACAAUGUUGCUGUGAAAUGUGCAACAAUAACUCCUGAUGAGACCCGGGUGAAAGAAUUUGGACUGAAGUCUAUGUGGAGAAGUCCCAAUGGCACAAUUAGGAAUAUUUUAAAUGGUACUGUUUUCCGUGAACCCAUAAUAUGCCGCAACAUACCCAGAAUUGUUUCUGGAUGGAAAAAACCCAUUUGUAUUGGUAGGCAUGCUUUUGGUGACCAGUAUAGGGCCACUGAUGCAAUAAUAAGCAGACCAGGGAAGCUUAAGUUGGUAUUUGUCCCAGAAGAUGGUGAUGCUCCAACGGAGCUUGAUGUUUACAAUUUCAAAGGCCCAGGUGUUGCACUUGCUAUGUAUAAUGUUGAUGAGUCUAUUCGAGCAUUUGCGGAAUCAUCAAUGUCACUGGCAUUUGCAAAGAAAUGGCCACUUUACUUGAGCACCAAAAACACAAUUCUAAAGAAAUACGAUGGCAGAUUUAAGGACAUAUUCCAGGAGGUGUAUGAAGAAAGGUGGAAGCAAAAGUUUGAAGAACACUCAAUAUGGUAUGAGCAUAGGCUAAUUGAUGACAUGGUGGCGUAUGCACUCAAGAGUGAAGGUGGAUAUGUUUGGGCUUGCAAGAAUUAUGAUGGUGAUGUUCAAAGUGAUUUACUUGCUCAAGGAUUUGGCUCAUUGGGUCUCAUGACUUCUGUGCUGUUAUCUUCUGAUGGCAAGACAUUGGAAGCUGAGGCAGCUCAUGGAACUGUAACUCGACAUUUUCGGUUUCAUCAAAAGGGACAAGAAACUAGUACGAACAGUAUUGCUUCCAUAUUUGCAUGGACACGAGGACUGCAACAUAGAAUGUGGAAAGCUGGAACUGGAAGAACAGAUAGUCAGAUACUUAUAUGCUGAUUUUAGAAAGACCUAGAUGAGGAUUGAACAUGUUAUCUAGUAAAAAAAGAGCAAUUUGUCAAGGAAAUGGGAUUGAAGCUCUCCUUUUGGGAGGUGCCAUUUCACUUGCUACUUGGGGGGGCUGGGGGGAAUUGCACCCAAGUUUCACCCCCUUUUUUUUCCUGAGCUCGCCUGUGCUGUGUGGGUCCUUUUGCUCAUGAUUUUUGUACAUCAGAUGGAAAGGUAUCUCUUAUUGUUUACUGGUUUUAAGGCAAAGAGCCCAAUGUAUUCCAUACUGUAGUUUAGUUCAUAGGUUAGCCGGGCUGACUUCCAUCAGGCAACAGACAAAACAUGUUUCUCUUUAUACUCUCCAUUUAAGAUGUACUUAGCCGUCUAAUUUUGGUUGAUGGACUCAUUUUGAAUUAUCUACGAGAGGACAUGCGGUGAUGUGUUAUGUUUCUGCAAGUAAAACACACUUUUACUAAAUCUGAAAUAUCAACAAGAUGAAAUCCAAACAUAGUCAGUUUGACCAAACAAGGGAUACAGGACAGAGAAGGAGAAUCACAGAUUCCACACAUCCUCCCUGCUCUACUCACUGCCUAAAUAUAUCCAUCACUAAUUUUCUUCCGUUGCCUUAAAUUUCCAUGUUUUCUUUUUCACAUGAGAACCAUGCCUCACGCUACAUGCUGCCACUGCCUCAUCAGUCGGAUUAAUUGCCCACAUGUCCUUGCGCUUGGUUUAAUUCUGUCAUAUUUAUGUUCUUGUAUAAACUGAUUUAUUUAUUUUUCCCUCUUUCAUGUUCUCCCUUCCUUAUUCUUUCCCUUUUCUCUGAAAUUGUUAUUGACAUGAUUCUG